AUGGAGAUCAAGAAUAUAUUACGUGCACUUGAGCUGAACUUUCUGUGUAUGGACCUUCACCUAACAUACAACAUGCACACAGCAGACUGGAAUACACGUGUUAUUCGAAACGCAAUUAGUUUGUUGGUUCACAGAGUCUUAAAUUUCGACGGCCUCCGCGAUGUCCGAGUGGCCUAUGAGACAUAUGAACAUACCGACAUGAAAGGAAUGGAAUUGAACACGCUCGUUAUAUCGCGGGCUCUCAAGCUCUGUGGGCGUGUCAUCGCCCCGCUGAAACUGAAUCAUCGGAUCAAACACAUGAAAGUUCACUUCCUGGAGCCAAACCGCAUACAGCUUGAUGAGUUCUUCAGACUCGUGCUAUGGUGCGACCUCUACGUGGCCUACAGACAUGGGGAUGCAGAGACUGCAUCGGGGAAAGAUAGAGAUCUCUUUGAGGUGGUAGACUUUGCUAAACUACUAAGCCACCAUGACGAGCGGCUGGCCAACAGGCUCAAUGUCCAGUUCUUGCAGGAGGAGAGAAACUAUGAGACCGAGAAGCUAGGACCUACGGACAUGUUCCAGGACAGUACGGUCAACACGGAGCUGACCACAGAACAGGUACAGCUACAGAAAGUAAAUUAUGAACCUAUCAAAUUCGGGAUCAGCCAAUCAGAAAGACGACUGCUUACAGUAAUUGCAGGGAAUGUAAGAUCUCGACCAAUCAGUUUCCCUGAAUUUGACAAGUAUCGCCAAUCAGAAAAAUUUAAAACAUCGCCUGAUUUGAGAGGCCAAUCAGCUUCUGUGUCUGUUCAGAAACGGCUUCAUUCGGCUCCUCCCACGAUUUUAGAGACUACCAGGCAACCCACGCCACGAACUGUAGCAUCACGUGAUCUCAGGGACUUACAGAGCAAGCUGGAGAACCUCCUGUUUGAUAUGAGCACUUUGGAAACCAGAUGCCAGGUGCAAGUGGAGAAUGAGAUGAUGUUUUAUAUUCCCGAAUAUUCACAGAAACUGGCCAACAAGCCGCCAGAUACUGGCCUUGUCCACCCCUCCACGGUAAAAUCUGUACACACCAAAACGUGCGAUGCCAG